AUUUACUAAUUGCCACCACAAAAAGUUAGCAGACGCAUAUUCACGUAUUUUUAAUUAAGUGCUUUAAGUUAAUAACUGAACGAAGCAAACAAAACGGUGGGAAUGUAAUGUUUCAGAACCAUUAACUAUGCUUGCUUCCUGGUUAAUAUUUAUCUUAAGCCGAAAAAAACACGAAACUCUUCAACACGGAGGUUAGUCGAUUAAAGGCAAACCACUGACGAAUAUAUAUACCUAUGACAAUAACAAUUGAAGUUUGAGAGGUCAACGUUAUUUGGUGAGAUUUACAACCAUGAUUGAAAUAUUUGAAUUAACAACGACAUGUUUGACAAAAGACUAUAUAUCUACCGUUCCUUCAAGCCUUCUGUAUGGGGUUUUUGAUAAUUUAAAGCCCUUUAUUAACAUCAUAACGUCGGACGGUCAAAUCUCUUUACAAGGGCAAUGGAAAGAUAUAGCUAAAGCUUAUUCUGAACUUGAAUGUUGUCUGAAACAAAGCAAUGCGCACCAAAUACAAGAAAUAUCGUCGUUUGAGAACAAUUCCAACGACGUUAAAACUGAGGUGGACAUCAUUGCACUGAAAGUUGAACCAAUUGAUGACAGCUGUCAAAAGCCUCAAUUUUCAGAAAACAACGACUCGGAUGACACUGUAGAUAUGGAGGUACCUCUUGCUGUUGUGACAAAAAAAUGGAAAGAAAAAUAUAAAUGCUUAGAAUGCAGUUAUACUACAAAAAAUGAAAAUUGGCUUGAAAAACACAUACUGAGAAGACAUCAAAAGAACAUCAAAUGUCAGGAUUGUGGUAAAAAAUAUGGUUUAAAAUCAGAUUUGAAAAGACAUCAGAUUCAAGUUCACAAAUCAAUAAAGAGAUAUUUUUGUAGCAUUUGCAAGAAAUAUUUCAAAACAAAGCGUUAUAUGGAUGACCAUAUGCAAAGACAUCUGGAGCAUUAUUCAUAUCAGUGCAAACUUUGCCAAAAGCCAUUUUCAACAAAACUAAUGUUUUCAAGACAUUUGAAAAUUCAACAUCCAAAGUCAUCCAUUGAUUUAAGCAAACUUGGUUUGGGCAAUUUGGAUGAAGGGGAUUACACAGAUGAAAAUGUGAAUGUCUCUGCAUUUGACAGAAUAAUGUCCACUGACACUGAUAAUAAAGUUGUUUAUGAUAGUGACAUUUUUAAAGUUACAUGGAAGAAUGGAAAAAAUAGACGAAUGAAAAUUAGUAACAAGAUGGAAACCACAACUGGGUUUCCUUGUCACCUUUGUGAAUAUAUUGGAAAGAGAGAGACAAAUUUAGAAACUCACAUUAAGCGCAAUCAUAGACAAAACCUUAAAUGCGACAUCUGCAAUAAGCAGUUUGGUUAUAACUGGGAUUUGCAACGUCACAUAGAGCAAACUCAUUCUGAAACAUCUUUUGUCUGCCACAUUUGUAGUAAAUCUUACAAAACAAAGAAAAGUUUUGAAGAACAUCUGAAAUCUCAUGAAGAUGGUUAUGUUAAAUCUAUGUAUCCAUGUCCUCAUUGUGAAAAGACGUUCUCAGCGAGGCAAGUUUUAAAUAGUCACUUAAAAUAUCAACACCUGGGGAUGAAACAGAAGGAAAAACAGAGGUUUUUGUGUCAGACAUGUGGCAGAGAGUUUGUCCAUAAGUAUAGCUAUGACAGUCAUAUGAAUAGACAUGCAGGACUUCUACCUUUCAACUGUCGCAUUUGUGGUAAAGCUUUUGCUAGUGAACACUGCGUUAGAGAGCAUCAGAUUGUGCACAAAAGUGUGCGAAAACACACAUGCAGUCACUGUGCCAAGUCUUUCAAAACCAACUCAGCCUUGAAAGCACAUGAGGCCAUUCAUGCAGGUGAUAAGGCUUACAAGUGUCCUGUCUGUGGAAAAGGUUUUGUUCAGAAGCAAUCAUUGUUGAGACAUGAGCGAAUCCACAGCGGUUACAAGCCCUACAAGUGUCUGCUAUGUCAGAGAAGGUUCACAGAGGGGGCAACUGUACGCAAACACAUGAUUCUUGUGCAUAAGAAAGAUCCCCAUGAUUGGCAAAGUGACGUGUUUUCUUACUUAAAAAAGGAGAACAUUUUAUAUGGAGACGAGGAAGAAUGUCCAGAAAUUGAAAGUAACAGUCAUUCAAGUGUUGAGAAUAGCCUUUCCCUCAAAGGUAACCAAGGAUAUUCAACUCGGACUGUUACUUGCAUCGCAUCUGCUUCUAAUGAACCUUUGAACUCUGUAGUAUCAUCUGGCAUACACAUGAGCAAUCAGUUUAAUUCAGUCACUGAUCAGACUGGUAAUUAUUCCUACGGGCAUACACCAUGUAUCCGUCCAAAUCAAUCUUUGCCUGUCAACAAUUGCUAUCCUGGUAAUAUAGUGUCACCGCAAUAUUCUAAUCCGGCCGCGACCAGUGUUGCAUGUGCCUCUGUUCAACUGUCUCCAGCUAGCAUAUUGAAUCUUUCUGGACACUUGGCACCAAUACACAACCAUCUGGAUCAUAUGGCUGCUGUUCAUUCCUUGCAGAGUGCUGGUAAUGGGCCUUCCGUUUUGAAUUUGUCUGCAAUGCAAAACAUUAAUUACAACCAAAUUAAUGAUCAGUAAAUGAACAUGAAAUUGAUAAAAAAAUGUUGAAGCCAUUGAACAGUCAGAUAUGAAUGUGGUUCUUAAAGAGUGCAUUUUGUUAUUUAUUGUUUUCUCUAAAUGUAUUUGUCACAACUACCGGUAGUUACUUUGUUUUUUAUAUUUCCACAUAAUUGUGAAUGCCUUUUUGAUAUUUAUUUAUGUAGAAGUAUUUUAUUCGCAACAUAUGUAUGUUGUGUCUGCAUGUAUGUAUAGACGUUUGGGUUUUGUAUAUAUUAUAUAAGAAAAACGAGUUUAAAAAACA